AGUGCUUGACUGACUUGUAAUAGCAUCUGAUAUCAUUAUCCACAGUGUGUCCCCCAACUAAACCUUUCGGUUAAUCCGUGCUUAAGCUGACAGUGAACUCCUACGUGCGAAUCUCCCCUCGUUGAUCCCAAUGAAAAAGGUUGAGAUUUUUAUGCAGGUACGCUGCUGCAACGGCUCCAAUUUCCCUAUACACUGUGUUGGCCAUCGAUCCCAUCCAUGGAGUAUUGCUGCUCUGCUUUCCUGCAUAUGUAUGCUGCUGCUGGCCUGCACGCUGCAGCAGAGUCGAGGGAGGAAGAAAGGGGCGUAAUCCUACUUGUUGUUCUGCUCAGAUGAACUCGCUAGAUCAACAUGUCAUCGAAAUGGCUUCCCUAUUGGCGCAAGAACUGCGCGAUGGACUCGCCGGCAUGAACUCGUCGACGGAGCGGGCUGACGGCGAAUCUGCUCCGCCGCCGAUCGUCAUCGACAGGGUCGCCGACAUGACCCGCAACGUCGACAAGCAGGAGUACGUGCCGCACCACGUCUCCAUCGGGCCGUACAGCCGUCGCGUCCACCCUGCCCUCGCCAGGGACGCCGACAAGAUGGUUCGACUUCAGGAGGUCAUCUCGGCGGCGGCCGACUACUCGGCCGCGCCGCUGAGGCUGGAGGACUGCGUCGUCGAGCUUGCGCGCAUGGAGCACAGCGUGAGGAGCUGCUAUAAGCAUCGGUUCGAUGUACCGGGCAAGGAGUUCCUGCGUUGGCUGCUGCUCGACGCCUGCUACAUCCUCGUCGGCUUCGGCGACGUCGUCGUCAAGCGCCGCCGACCCGACGGGGAGGAGCACACGGCGGAAGCGGUAAAUGGCGUCCUGCCAGGACGGAGCCACGUGGGCGGACGCCAUAAGCGUUUGUUCCUGCACCGGCUGCUGCACAUCCUCCGCCAACUCGGCGGCAUCGUACGGCGUCGCCCCGAUGAGCCCACGGCGCCGUCCGUGGAGAUGAAAGCAUCCGCCGUCCACCGGCGGGAGACCGUCGAGGUGGUCCGCGACGUGUUCUACCUUGCAGAGAACCAGAUUCCCUUCAUUGUCGUGGACAGGAUCUACCAGAUGGCCUUCCCGGACAGCAGAACUCCGGCGUUGGACGCCUUCGCGAGGUGCGCACAUGGUCUCUUGGGGAAAUACUCGAUCGCGACGCCGACCAAGGUGGAAGAACCGGAACGGUCGCCGGAGCCGGCCAAUCUUCUGCACCUGCUGCACAUGCACUUCAGGCCUACCGUACUCGCGCGCCCAACGGGCAGUCAGGGUGGUGGCGGCGGUAUGGCCGUCGGCCGCUGGCGCACGGCACUGGAUUACUACUUCGCCGGCGUAACGUUCAAGAAGCGGCCUCUGAAUCAUGGCGGCGAGGGCGCCGCCGUCAGCAUCCUCGACGUGAAGGUGAGCGGCAGCGGUGGCACGCUGGAGGUGCCCCAGCUGAGCAUCGACGCCGAGACGUGGCGGCUGUUCCGCAACCUGAUGGCGCUGGAGCAGAGCAACCCGGUGGCGGCGGGGAGCCACGUGACGGCGUACUGCGUGUUCAUGUCGCAGCUGGCGAGCACGGCGGCGGACGUGGAGCUGCUGUCGCGGCGGGGGGUCAUCGUGCACGGCCUCGGCAACCACAGCGAGGUCGCCGGGCACUUCGCCAACCUCUGCAAGGGUGCGGUGUUCGAGCCGGACGACGCGGAGCAAAACUACCUGAGGCCGGUGUGCCAGAAGCUGGAGAAGCGGUUCCGCAGCCGGCUGCGGCGGUGGAUGGCGUGGCUGAGGAAGAAGUACUUCGCCAACCCUUGGCUGGCCGUCGGCCUCGUGGCGGCCGUCGUCGGGCUCGUCUGCACCGUGGUCCAGGCGGUUUACUCCGUUCUGAGCUACAAGAAAUGAGUGAACUAACCGAAAUCAAACUCGAAACAUGAUGACAUGGACCUGGGCGUGUGACGUGUAUCAACAUGUAUCUAUUAGCAGAUAUGUAUUAGUCCAUGUGUGUUGCAGUUUAUAGGAGCAGAUGGAGUUUCAUUGUAUAGUAAACUAGAUACAUUUUUGACGUUUUCUUCGCGUAGUUUGAGGAAUUCUAUGGUCGACACAGCUUUGUGAGGCUUAAUAGAGAGCAUGGUGCCCGGGAACACGGGUGCUAGAAAGACGAUGGCAGGUUAAUUUUCAGUAGAUCGGAGCGGCCUGGAUCUGGAGGCUGUCACCUUCGACGGUAUGCAUGGAUGCUCUAAUAGCGCGCAAGCACGGGAUAUGGUUUGUCUAUAUUUGCAAGGGUCCGCCUAGUGAUCAAAUGUUUAAAAAUUUUAAUUACAUCAAUCAAAU